CGAGAAAAUAGUACUUUAUGCUAUACAAACGAGUACAAAAAACUAUCGUUCAGUUUUGUUGCAAACCUACUAGUAUGACGGCCAGUGCAUGGAAGAAGUACAAGUAUUCGUGAAACUGUAAAAAAUUAAUGCGGAACGAAUGAAAACGAGAAUUUCUCUUGUGUCGUUUGGUAGCAAACAUUCCUAGAAGGACAGUGUGACAGACAGGCAGGCAGAUAGUGAAAAGAUAUAGCCCACGUUCUUGCAGUUGUUGUGCGGCUGGUUGUUUCCCAGCUUCAAAAGACUGACCGUGCCAGAGUACAAUCAAUUAGUACUAAUCAAUCAGGAAGGCAUUAAAGUACGGCGUUUAAACUGAUUAAAAACAGAAGAAUAUACAUAACAUCUCAAAGCCGUUUCGAAGCAUAUAAAAAGACAAAUUAAAUAAAAGUGCUUUACAAAACGCACACAUAACUUCUAGCAGAAAAGCCGCAAUUCCAAAAAUUCGUUUGAGGAUACGAAAAAUUGUAAUUCUAUUAAAAAUCUCCAGUCAACAAAAACACUUGGAAUUUAGUGUGCAGCGAAAGCAGUUACUACGGACGGAAGGAGGAAAAAGCAGUGAACGUCGUAAAAAGCAGUGUAAAUAAAGAACUCCAUAAACAUGUCUGGGGAGGAAACGUCUGCUGAUCGCAAUGUCGAAAUUUGGAAAAUCAAGAAACUCAUCAAGAGUUUGGAGAUGGCACGAGGUAAUGGAACAAGCAUGAUUUCAUUGAUCAUACCGCCAAAAGAUCAAAUCUCACGUGUCAGCAAAAUGUUAGCCGAUGAAUUCGGCACAGCGUCCAACAUCAAGUCACGUGUCAAUCGUUUGUCCGUCUUGGGCGCUAUUACAUCGGUACAACAUAGGCUUAAAUUAUACACCAAAGUGCCUCCUAAUGGUCUGGUCAUCUACUGUGGCACCAUUGUCACAGAAGAGGGCAAAGAGAAGAAGGUUAAUAUCGAUUUUGAACCCUUCAAACCGAUUAAUACAUCGCUUUAUUUAUGCGAUAAUAAGUUCCACACUGAAGCGUUGACCGCUUUAUUGGCCGAUGAUAAUAAAUUCGGUUUCAUAGUGAUGGAUGGUAAUGGCGCUCUCUUUGGUACACUACAAGGUAAUACACGUGAAGUAUUGCACAAAUUUACUGUCGAUCUGCCGAAGAAGCACGGGCGUGGUGGUCAGUCAGCGUUGCGUUUUGCACGUCUGCGUAUGGAGAAGCGUCACAAUUAUGUACGUAAAGUUACCGAAGUUGCUACGCAAUUAUUCAUUACGAGUGAUAAACCGAAUAUUGCGGGCUUAAUUUUAGCUGGUAGUGCGGACUUCAAGACCGAGUUGAGUCAAUCUGAUAUGUUCGAUCCUAGACUGCAAUCCAAGGUUAUUAAGCUGGUGGAUGUAUCGUAUGGCGGUGAAAAUGGUUUUAAUCAAGCGAUAGAACUGGCGGCUGAGUCAUUGCAGAAUGUUAAAUUCAUACAAGAGAAGAAACUCAUUGGACGUUACUUUGAUGAAAUUUCUCAGGACACUGGAAAAUAUUGCUUUGGUGUAGAGGAUACCUUGCGCGCCUUGGAAUUGGGUUCCGUUGAGACUUUAAUAUGUUGGGAAAAUUUAGAUAUACAGCGUUAUGUAUUGAAGAAUCAUGCGAACUCCACGUCGAACACAGUAUUGCAUUUGACGCCCGAACAAGAGAAGGAUAAGUCACACUUCACCGAUAAGGAAAGUGGCGUUGAAAUGGAAUUAAUCGAGUCUCAGCCGUUGCUCGAAUGGCUGGCGAACAAUUACAAAAUGUUCGGUGCUACACUUGAGAUUAUUACGGAUAAAUCUCAGGAAGGCAGUCAGUUUGUGCGAGGUUUCGGUGGCAUUGGUGGCAUUUUGCGCUACAAAGUGGACUUCCAGAGUAUGCAGCUCGACGAAGUUGACAAUGACUACUACGACAUAGAUGAAUAUUAGACAAUUUUUUUUUGUUUUUUUUUUAUACUUUAAAAAAAUUUUCUCUUCCAUUUGCAAAAAUAAUGAAAUAAUACAUGUAUUUAAAUUCAAAAUCGAAUCAAGUAAAAAACCACACUUUCAAGGCGAAAGGAACUCUGCUGGCAUCACAAAGUGAAAAAUCGCGCGAAUAUUCAUCGAAUUGUUGGUGAUAAGAUAAUUGUUGACUAGCAUAAAACUUAAAUUAUAACUAAGAAUAACAAAUUUCCAAAAUUCAGAAGACUUAAGCAAAGCAAUACCUCAAAUGGAAGCAGCUUGCAAACGAACAAUUAAAGCUAAGUAAAUAUUCAGCAUCACACUGCGAAAAUGGCUAAAAAAUCCAAAUUCACUUUUCCAAAAAAGCGUAAUAUUCGAAGUGAUAAAACAGAUUCGUUUGCCAACAUCCGGCUAACCAACGUUCAUCUUGCAUUCGUCGUUUUCCAAGGGUUGAGUUCAUUACACGCGCGUCACUACUCUGCUCGUUUACCUGCCUGUCUGUUUCUGUCUGCAAAGCAGUCAUCGCGUGUCUUCGUUGACGGUAAAGCAUUUCUACGCCUAACAGCGUCGUUAAUUUAGUUUG